GCCCCCUCGCAGGGCUGUCGGAUACUUUUGUGGCGGCGGAUACUUUGGUUGAGGCGGCCGCGGCGAUGAGCGGGCAGCGCCGGCGUUUGGGGAAUCGCCACACCGCGGCACCCGGCAGCCUGUAGCCGCCCGCCCUCCUUCCCCUCCCGGCUGAGGGCAGCGAGCAGCGAGCAGCGAGAUCAGCACGACGCCAGGCUGCCCUUCCCCGGCCGCCGCCGCCGCCGCCGAAGAUGCUGAGCCGGCUGAGGAGCGGCAGCGUCAGGAACCUGGAGCGGGAGUUCGACUGCACCGUUCGGCUGCUGGACGAUUCCGAGUACCCUUGCACCAUCCAGCGGGAUGCCAAAGGCCACUAUCUGAUCGAUCUCCUCUGCCGUCACAUGAACCUGCUGGAAAAGGACUACUUCGGAAUCAGGUUUGUGGACCCUGACAAACAGAGGCACUGGCUGGAUAUCUCCAAGUCCAUUAUUAAACAAAUGAAAUCCCAGCCUCCGUACACCAUGUGCUUUCGCGUCAAGUUUUACCCAACGGACCCUUCCAUGCUGAAGGAGGAGAUAACCAGGUACCUGGUCUUCCUGCAGAUAAAGAGAGAUCUGUAUCACGGCCGCCUGCUGUGCAAGACCUCCGACGCAGCGCUUCUCGCAGCCUACAUCCUGCAAGCUGAAAUUGGGGACUAUGAUCCAGGAAAACAUCCCGAAGGAUACAGUUCCAAGUUCCAGUUCUUCCCCAAACAUUCCGAGAAGUUGGAAAGAAAAAUUGCAGAGAUCCACAAAACGGAACUUAGUGGUCAGUCUCCAGACAUGGCAGAGCUGAACUUCCUGAAGAAAGCACAGAUGCUGGAAACCUACGGAGUCGAUCCCCACCCCUGCAAGGAUGUCUCAGGGAAUGCGGCAUUUUUAGCCUUCACGCCGUCUGGCUUUGUGGUGUUACAAGGAAACAAGAGGAUUCACUUCAUAAAGUGGACUGAAGUAAGCAAGAUGAAGUUUGAAGGAAAGACAUUUAAUUUAUAUGCCACUCAGAAAGAGGAAUCAAAGAUCAUUCUGACCUACUUUGCCCCAACUCCUGAGGCUUGUAAGCACCUGUGGAAGUGCGGAGUGGAGAAUCAAGCCUUUUACAAGUUUGAGAAAUCCAGUCAGGUGCGAACGGUGUCCAGCAGCAACAUGUUUUUCAAGGGGAGCCGGUUCCGAUACAGUGGGAGAGUCGCAAAGGAGGUGAUCGAGUCCAGCGCGAAGAUUAAGAGGAGCCCCCCGGAGAUUCACAGAUCAGGCCUGGUACCCAGUCGAAGUUGCCCCUCCAUCUCCCACGGAUCACGGUUAAGCAGCGUGCCGAGGACCCGCCGGAGGGCUGUGCACAUCUCGAUCAUGGAAGGACUGGAGUCUCUGCGGGACAGCGCCCACUCCACGCCCGUGAGGUCCAGCUCCCACACGGACACCUUCGUCGCCCACUCGGGCAAGGCCCCUGCCGCCGAGGGCAAUGAGCGGACGUCGGUGAUCGCGGACGAGUCGUACAGCCCGGCCUCCAGCGUCCUGCCGACCCCGGUCUCGGAGCCCGGGCCGGAGUGCGCCCUCCCCCCGCAGGAGCACAGCGGCGCCGGCGGCUGCGGCACCGAGGAUGAGAAGGAGGGCGAGGCGGGAGCGGCGGCAGAGGCGGAGGAAGCGGGCAGAGGCUCUGCAACCUCGCCCGACAGCGUGAGUGAGAGGGAACAGGUGAAUAGAUUUGUUUUAAGCGUGGCCCGUUUGCUCUUGGUGACUGUCGGACUACUCUUUGCCUUACUCAUCCUCCUGAUCGCUCUAACAGAGUCGGAUAUUGACGUAGCGUUUUUACGCGACAUACGCCAGACCCCCGAGUUUGAACAGUUCCAUUAUGAAUACUUUUGUCCCCUCAGACGGUGGAUGAGCUGCAAGGUGCGCUACGUGCUAAACCUUCUCAUUGACACAUGACGGCGCCCAGCCGGAGAACUCAGCCCAGGGACUCUGAGAAGACGCGACGAAGCCGAGCUCCCCCUCUCCCCUCUCUGUGGCACCACCCAUGUCUAAUGGGUGAAUUCGGCUGUUGCCGGGCAGACUUUCUGGCUCAACGAAAUCCCGAGAGGAGUUACAAACCACAUUCAACCAUUGCCCUUGCCCAGACCCUACACUUUCUAAGAAGCUCUUGGACUGUUGUCUAUAAUAUAAGGUCUAUUAGAGUAAGUGAUUAACUAUUAGUACCCACAGGAACUGAGUAACACUGUGUGGAGUUUUUGUUAUUGUGAUGUUAAAGAGGUGUGCUGUCUUCAGACUCGAAUAAAGGUAACCAAGACUACCCCGUGAUACAAUAUUAGAGCAGGUGGGUGUCUCGUAUCUAGGUAUACUAAUCAGUGACAAAAUGCUCCCUCAAAAUUGUAACAUUUUAAAUGUCUGUUAAUUAUCUCCUUGUAAUAUUUUAACAAUUUGACAAAAGAAUUAUUUUGAUUAUGAUAACGGUGUUGGAUCCCGAUGCUUUUGUGAUCCAGACGCUCUUUGGAAGUGAGGGAUGAGGCAGGAAGCUUGUCGGGCGUUCCAAGAACUGAAAACGAUGAAGAACGAGGAGCUUGAGAGAUCAAAGAGAAAAUGAAGAGGUUGUGUUUGUCUAAUACUCCGAGUAUAACACAAAUUCCAGUGAAACAAUUAAAGUUUCAAAGUACGUUUAUUAUCAAAGUAUGCUUAAAGAAUGCAACUCUCGAGACUUGUCCUCCCGCGGGCAGCCGUCAAACGAGUGAUCUAUAAAAUAGCCAGAUGCAAGUGACGUGAAAACUGACAACUAGGAAGCUUCUAGAAACACACAGAUGCAACUGUACCGUAAUAACUGGGCAAUCCACUGGACAAUUGCAUGUAUGUAAGUAAUAAUGUAAAAAUGUAAGCAAGCUUCAGAAAGUUGAACUACAAAGAAAAUAACAAUUCUGCCACCUAAUCCAACAGCUUCUCGGGAUAUCCCAAAAAAUAAGUUUUUUUUUCGUACUGACUAGAGGACACUGUGCAUGCAGAAUCCCAGACUGGGUAAUGGAAGGUUGUUUGGUCAGUUUUUAAGGCUGAAAUGAAGGGAAGUUGGGUUAAUGAGUGAUAUGUUCCCUUUCAACAAGCUUGUUUAAACGACACAGCGCACGGACCACGGUACCUCGAUCGGUUAAGUUGAAGGAUUUAAUGCGCAGAUUAUACACACACACACAAAAACACCUGUCUUGCAGUUGCUGGCUGGAGCACUUUCCUGGCGGGAUGACCGGUUUGAGGUAGUGAAUAUUAUGAAGCGGUUCGUGUAGGGGAAAUGAUUCCACGUGGGAUGUAAUCCAACAUUAGUGACCACAUCCACAGCCACUGAUAAAUCCAGACAGUGAGAUAGAACAUAGAGUAUUAAGAUUUCAAAGUAUAUUUAUUUUCAAAGAAAAUAUAAAUUAUACAUCUUGAGAUUUGUUUGCUUAUAGGCAGCCGCGAAGCAAGAAACCCGAAAGAACCCAAUUCAAAUAAAAUAUAGACAGACUGUCCACUGACAUCUUCUACAAACCCACUGACUCUCAUAUCUACCUCGACUAUAUCUCUUCCCACCCCGCCACAUGCAAAAAUGCCAUUCCCUAUUCCCAGUUCCUCCGUCUCCGCCGCAUCUGCUCCCAGGAUGAGGCUUUCCGUUCCAGGACAUCCCAAAUGUCCUCUUUCUUUAAGAAUCGUGGUUUCCCUUCUGCUGUCGUCAGUGAUGCCCUCACCCGCAUCUCCUCCAUUUCCCGCACUUCGGCCCUCACCCCAUCUUCCCGUCACCACAACAGGGACAGAGUUCCCCUUGUCCUCACCUACCACCCCACCAGCCUCCAGAUCCAGCACAUUAUCCUCCGCAACUUCCGCCACCUUCAACAGGACCCCACCACUAAGCACAUCUCUUUCCCUCUCCACCUUUCGCAGGGAUCGGUCCCUCCGCAACUCCCUGGUCCACACGUCCCUCCCCACGGAUCUCCCACCCGGCACUUAUCCCUGUAAGCGCAAGUGCUACACCUGUCCCUACACCUCCUCUCUUGCCACCAUUCAGGGCCCCAAACAGUCCUUCUGAGGCAACACUUCACUUGUGAGUCUGUUGGGGUCAUCUAUUGCAUCCGGUGCGGCCUCCUCUACAUCGGUGAAACCCGACGCAGAUUGGGGGACCGCUUCGUUGAGCACCUCCACUCUGUCCGCCACAACAGACAGGGUCUCCCGGUAGCCACCCACUUCAACUCUGCUUCCCAUUCCCAUUCAGAUAUGUCCAUACAUGGCCUCCUCUAUUGCCAUGAUGAGGCUAAACUCAGGUUGGGGGAGCAACACCUCAUAUACCGUCUAGGUAGUCUCCAGUCCCUUGGUAUGAACAUAGAAUUCAACAACUUCCGGUAAUUCCCUCCCCCUCCCUUCCCCUAUCCCAGUUUCACUCUGCCCCUCCUCCAGCUGCCUAUCACCUCCCUCAUGGUUCCACCUUCUACUACCCAUUGUGUUUUCCCCUAUUCCUUCUUCACCUUUCCCACCUAUCACCUCCCUGCUUCCCCUCCCUCACCCCUUUAUCUUUCCCCUUACUGGUUUUUCACCUGGAACCUACCAGCCUUCUCCUUCCCACCCUCCCCCCACCUUCUUUAUAGGGCCUCUGCCCUCUCCCUCUACAGUCCUGAUGAAGGGUUCCGGCCCGAAACGUUGACUGAUCGUUUCCACGGAUGCUGCCCGACCUGCUGAGUUCCUCCAGCGUGUUGUGAGUGUUAAAUAUAGACCAUCGCCCGAUGCGCAGAGAAUGAAAAAACAUACACAAAUCAUGCACACAAUUGAAGCGAGCUACAACAUUUCAAACCAAAAUGAGUCCUUGGAUCCGAACCCUGGAAUAACCUCGGUAUCAGUCCAUCAUAUUAGUGGGCGCCGGGGGUAGUCCCAUAGAGAGAGGGGAGCGAAAUCGCCUCCGAUCCCGACGCCGUCUUUCCAAUAUAUUGUUUAAAUUGCCCAAACAACGUUUCGUACCUGGCGCUAGGACCCGGGCACCGCUGCAGUGAAACGCACCGGGCCGAGAACAUCAUACAUAGGAGCAGAAUUAGGCCAUUCAGCCCAUCGAGUCUGCUCCGCCAUCCCAUCAUGGCUGAUCUCGGAUCCCACUCAACCCCCAACACCUGCCUUCUCGUCACGUCCUUUGAUGCCCUGACUGAUCUGGAAACCAUUAACUUUCGCUUCAAAUAUACCCACGGUCUUGGUUUCCACCGCAGUCUGGCAGAUCAUUUCACAGAUUCACUACUUUGGCUAGAAAAAUAUCCUCCUUACACCUGUUUUAAAUGGUCCCCAUCAAUUUAGAGGCUGUGCCCUCUAGUUCUGGAUACCCCCACCAGAGGAAACAUCCUCUCUACAACCACCCUAUCUAGUCCUUUCAACAUUCAGUAGGUUUCAAUGAGAUCCCCCCACAUUCUUCUAAAUUCCAGUGAGUACAGGCCCAAAGCUGCCAAAUGCUCCUCAUAUGUUAAUCCCUUCAUUCCCAGAAUCAUCCUCGUGAACCUUCUCUGGACUCUCUCCAAUGACAACACAUCCUUUCUGAGAUAUGCGGCCCAAAACUAUUGACAAUAUUUCGAGUGCGACCUGACUAGUGUCUUAUAAAGCUUCAUCAUUAUCUCCUUGCUUUUAUAUUCUAUUCCCCUUGAAAUAAAUGCCAACAUUACAUUUGCCUUCUUUACCACAGACUUAACCUGUAAAUUAACCUUCUGGGAGUCUUGCACAAGGACUCCUAAGUCUCUUUGCACCUCUGAUGUUUGAAUUUUCUCCCUAUUUGCAUAACAGUCCACACUAUUGUUCCUUUUACCAAAAUGCAUUAUCAUACAUUUCCUAACACUAUAUUCCAUCUGCCACUUUUUUGCCCAUUCUUCCAACUUGUCUAAGUCCUGCUGCAAUCAUAUUGCUUCCUAAGCACCCUGGGACCAGAAUCAAGUGAUUCUUGAAAGCUCUUCAGCAACCUCACACAGGACUCUGGGAUGUAGUCCAUCUGUCAUGGUGACUUACGACCUUUGAGUUUUCCUACCACUUUUUCCUUUGUCAUAGCAAUGACAUUCACUCCUGCUCCCUGACACUCACAGACCUCUGGCACACUGCUAGUGUUUUCCACAGUGAAGACUGAUGCAAUGCACUCAUUAAGUUCAUCUACCAUUUCUUUGUCCCCCAUUCCUACCUCACCAGCAUCAUUUUCCCGCAGUCCAAUAUCAACUCUCAUCUUCCUUUUACUCUUUAUAUAACCGAAAAAAAAACUUUUAGCACCGUGCUUUAUAUUAUUGGCUAGUUUGCCCUUAUAUUUCAUCUUUUCCCUUAUAGCUUAUAAGACGCUGCCCAGCAACAUGUUCCAGGCCCAGAUUUACAGCACAAUACAGACCUUUUGUUUGAAAAUAUUGUGCCAUCCUUUUAAUCUACUCCAAGAUCAAUCUAACAACCCACUCCCACAUUGCCCUCCAUUUUUCUCUCAUCAUUUAAGAGUUUCUUAAAUGUCCAUAAUUAAUGUGCGUCUACCACUCCCCCCCCCGGCAUUGUGUCAUGCACCCACCACUCUGUGUAAAAACUACCUCUGACAACCUCUCCCCCCACUGUAUUUACUACCAAUCACCUUAAUUGAGUCUCCAGCUGUCCACUCGAUCUAUGUGACAAGACCUGGUAGCUCUUGAACUCAAGCCCAGCCAGUGAAGGCCAACACCAUACGUCUUAACAAACUUAUCAGCUUGCACAUCAACUUGAUCUCUCUAUUCCUGCACGUUGCUUAGAGUGCUGCUGUUAACCUUGCAUUUUGCCUUCAAGUUCAACUUUUCAAGGUGAAUCAUUUCACACUUUUCAGAUUGAACUCCAUCUGUCACAUCUCAUCCUGGCUCUACCUCUUGUCAAUGUCCCGUUGUAAUCUAUGACAACCUUCUACACUAACCUUGGUAUCAUCUGCAAACCACACUCAAAUUAAUUCCAUCACAGGCUUCAUCACAGAAUGGUUACAACAUAGAUUGAGGCUAUUCAGCCCAUCAGGUGUACUGGCUCCAGGUAAGCACAAUGUCACUGGUGAUACUCUACAAGCUCUGCAAAUUCUUUCUGUUCAGACCCAACUCCCGUCUGUCUCCUCUCUCCCUGCCCGUGGGCUCCUGACUUCACUCACUGUGUAGAAUCAUAAUCAGGCUUAAUAUCACUGGCAUAUGUUGUGAAAUUUGUUGUUUUGUGCUAGCAGUACAGUGCAAUACAUAAUAAUAAUAAAAUUGUAUCUAUUUUUAGAGUAGCACAAAAACAGUGAGGUAGUGUGUAUCAUUGUGCAUUCAGAAAUCUGAAUGUUGAGUGUAUGUUUCAGGUCUCCACCACCCCACCAAUGGUAGAAAGAGAAAAAAAAUCCAGUUUCUCUCAGCAAAAGCCUUCAUUCACUUCACUGGUCACUGACCCUUUUGCUAGUGUGGAGCGUUCUCCUGCAGCGGUUCCCACCUGGGAUCCGUGGAGCCCCCCCCCCCGCCCCCCCAGUUAGGGUGGGCUCCAUGGCAUAAAAAAGGUUAGAAUCUUUUUCAACUAUUGUCAUCACAAUUUCAAGUGCAUCAAAUCUAUCAAAUUCUCAUUAAGAUCUACUGAUUCACCGAGGUCUGACAGGUGAGGAAAUUUGCCUUACUUACCCAGUCUGGCCUGUAUGUCGCUCCAGCUCUCCAACUUGGUAGCUCCUUGGAUACCACUAUGAAACAUCUCAGCAAACCAGUCAGUUGCUCCACUACUGAUCAAACAAGAAAGAGUAAAACGUUGAUGUCAGCAGAUUGGGAUCACUUUGUUGAGUUCUUUCACUCUAUCUGCCAGGAUCUCCUGGUGGCCACGCAUUUCAAUUUGGCUUCCCAUUCCUUUUCCGACAUGUAUCCUUUACUCUAGCUUCACCCUCUUCCUUCCCAGUCCUGAUGGUCUCAGUCCGAAAUGCUAAUUGCUUAUUCCACUCCAAAGAUGUCACUUGAGCUGCUGAGUUCUUCCGGAAUUGAGUGUGUGAUGCUCGAGUUUUCCAGCAUCUGUAGAAUCACUGGGUGUAUAAGAAUAAAAACUCACCCACUGCAGAUCUAAGGCACCCAGUCCAAACACAGGCAGAGUCCUCUUCACAAAAACAUGGCUUCUAAAAUGCUGGAAUGACAGCCCAACAUUAUUGUGCAGAAAGGAUCACACUGUACAAGAUGCCAUUAUGAUCCCUAGGGGUAACCUGUCCUACCAGCAGCACAGACACACUGUGGGGGGUGGGGGGUGGGGGGAGCAGUACAGUGGGAGUACUCAGGUGAGAAAGUGUUCUCUACAUUGACCCCGGACACCAUGAUCUCUCCUGGCAUUGAUUCAAACAAGAUGGGCGAUAAAUCCACUCUCCUCCUGUCCUCCCUCAGACAGUGAACCAGAACUCAUCCCUGUAAACCUCUGGCAGAAUUCACAAUUCAGCCAGAGUACCAAGUGGAUGCCCCGAGACCUUCAUCACCCCAGAAUCCAGUCUUUGGCCAAUGCAGUAAGACCAUAAGAUAUAGGAGCGGAAGUAGGUCAUUCAGCCCCUCGAGUCUGCUCCACCAUUCAAUCAUGGGCUGAUUCAAUUCUUCCACAUCUUCCACUCCCCUACCUUCUCCCCAUACCCUUUGAUGCCCUGGCUAAUCAAAAACCUAUCUAUCUCUGCCUUAAAUGCACCCAAUGACUUGGCCUCCACAGCUGCUUGUGGCAACAAAUUCCACAGAUUUACUACCUUGUAACUAUUUUCUCUGCAUCUCUGUUCUAAAUGGAUAUCCUUCAAUCCUGAAGAUAUGCCAUCUUGUCCUAGACUCCCCUACCAUGGGAAAUAACUUUGCCAUGUCUAAACAGUUCAAGCCUUUUAACAUCCAGAAGGUUUCUAUGAGAUCCCCUCUCAUUCUCCUGGACUCCAGGGAAUACAGCCUAAGAGCUGCCAGACAUUCCUCAUACAGUAACCCUUUCAUUCCUGGAAUCAUUCUGGUGAAUCUUCUCUGAACCCUCUCCAAUGUCAGUAUACCCUUUCUAAAAUCAGGAGCCCCAAACUGCACACAAUACUCCAAGUGUGGUCUCACAAGUGCUUUAUAGAGCCUGAACAUUACAUCCCUGCUCUUAAAUUCUACACCUCUAGAAAUGAAUGCCAACAUUGCUUUGGCCUUCUUCACCACUGACUCAACCUGGAGGUUAACCUUUACAGUAUCUUGCACAAGGACUCCCAAGUCCCUUUGCAUCUCUGCAUUUUGAAUUCUCUCCCCAUCUAAAUAAUGUCUGCCUGUUUAUUUCUUCCACCAUAGUGCGUGACCAUACACUUUCCAACAUAGUAUUUCAUUUGCCACUUCUUUGCCCAUUCCCCUAAACUAUCUAAGUCUCUGUUUCCUCAACACUACUCACUCCUCUAUCUAUCUUUGUAUCAUUGGCAAAUUUAGCCACAAAUCCAUUAAUCCCAUAGUCCAAAUCAUUGAAAUACAUUGUAAAAAGCAACAGUCUCAACACCAGCCCCUGUGGAACUCCACUGGUAACUGGCAGCCAGCCAGAAUAGGAUGCCUUUAUUCCCACUCUCUGUUUUCUGCCGAUCAGUCAAUGCUCCACCUAUGCUAGUAAUUUACCUGAUAUUCUAUGGGCUCUUACCUUGCUAAGCAGCCUCACGUGCGGCACAUUGUCAAAGUCAUUCUGAAAGUAGUACAGAGGCAAGAGCCACUGCCUCACAAUUCUAACAAUGGGUGCUCCAGUUUCCUCCGGCAGAAAGUCUGGCCAAAGUAAAUUGCUUCUAGAUGUUCUGGUGAUCAAAGGAGUGGGCAAUGAAAUGAGUUUACUCUAAAUGUGUGUUUGAUGGUCAGCCAAGAGUUGAUGGGCGGCAGAGCCUGUUACCAUGCUCUGGCUCUAAAUUUACAGAUUAAAGAUUAGCUUUACUUGUCACGUACAUCCAAACAUACAGUGAAAUGUGUUGUUUUUGUGUCAAAUCAUCAAAUGACUGAGACCCCUGUAUACAGCAAAGGCCAGAUACCUGACUGUAGUGCUAAUCUGUAACAGUUAAAACACGAAAAUCUACCGAACAAUGUGGGAAGUUGCUCAGGUUCUCAAAUGCAUUUCAGCUGAUUCUCUAGUUUAGGCACAAAGAACAAAGCAAUGGAAGAUGUUAGCAGAGUGAAACACCAAUAUACUGCUCACUGCAGCCUCUUCCUCCGACCAUUAAAUUUCACCUAUCACCUACCUGCUCACUCCAGCACACACCUCCCUCCAGUCCAAUAGAACAACGCUCACUUCUGUAUUCUGUUAUUUACCAUAGGAGUGAUUUAGCUCCUAUUAUUCCAUGGUCUUUAAUCUUGGCGGUAUUAACUAGCUUUUGGAAGUCCAUGUAUACAUCAGGCACGUCCUCUCAUCAAUCCUCUAUUGAGCAAAUCUGUAGAAUCUAUUGUUACAGGCGGCUGUGGAGGCCAAAUCAUUGGGUAUAUUUAAGGCAGAAAUUGAUAGAUUCUUGGUAAAGUCAGGGCACGAAGGGUUAUGGGGAGAAGGCAGCAGACUAGGGGCUGAGAGGGGAAAUGGAUCAGCCAUGAUGAAAUGGCAGAGCAGACUCAAUGGGCCAAAUUCUGCUCCUAUAUCUUAUGGUCUAAAAGAAUCCUAUGGUUAGAUAAUUUGCCCUUAACAAGGGCACGUUGCUCUAAUCAAUGCCCACUUCUCCAUUUCCAUAGCUGAUCAUUUCCAGAAUUCUCCCAAGAAUGCAGUUUCUUUGUGAUACCUACAUCAACGUGUUCAAAAGGCUGAAGUCUACAAGUCUAGGUCACCGCCUGGACAUUCGAGGCCUGAUGUCUGUGAGACAGUUAGGGGCCAAAGCGGACAGUCUGCGUGUGUACAUGGGUAAGAGGGAGGAAACGGGCUUGCUUUGCUGUUGUUGUUUUGUUGCGUUCUGCCAAACAUUGUAGGCAUGCUAAUGUUUGAAUGUGUAGCAACACGUGUUGGCUGCCCCCAGCACAUCCUUGGGUGUGUUGGUUGUUGACAUAAACGACACAUUUCAAUGUAUGCUUUGAGAUUCAUUUGAUAAAUAAAUCUGAAUCCUUUGAGUGCCACAAUUACAUUUUUCCCAGUCAAA